CCUGGCUGUCAUGUGUCUCCAUGUGAUGGUAUGGGUCAUCGCUCUCUUCCUGUUUUGGAGAGCUGAACCCCUACUGUUGCCCCCCUGGAUCCGAACGCUUGAGAGCUCUUGUGGUGCAGCGGGAAUGUCGUCCCCAGUCCAACAGAGCAGUCGUGCAGUGCGUGCGCCCUCGUCUCUCCACAGACUUUACACAAAGGCGGUGGCGCAAGUUUGCGGAAGUAUUGUUGGUGGCAGAAGCAGUAUAGCACAAAGUCCUUGGGCAUUUCAUUUGAAUGCGUACGGCACGCACUUUCGUAGCAUGAAAGCCUCGGGAGACCUCAAGAGUCGGUGGACAUUACUCACCUACCUUGAUAGGCGAAGUAGAUGGGUUGGGGACGACAUUUUUGAUGGAGGUGACACUACUCACGGUCAGGAUCUCAGGACGUGAUCGGCAGUGGCAAAUCGCAUGGCUAUAGACAGCUUUCAUGAGCGCAAGUAUAUAAAGGUGGCAAAGUCUCAUAGUAAUGUAGUGAGUGAUCCCAGGAUCAGCUGGACAGCGAAACACCUCAAUACCCGAAGACCAUGCUCGAGCUACACCUCGAGCUACAUAUCAGGAUCACAAAAGAAGAAGUUAAUAGCGAACGGAUUUUGUCUACUGUUGUACGCAGGUGAAUGGGUGUUUUUUGUGAAGCGGUAGCGGAUGCAUGGCGAAUGCCUGAUGAACAGGGCUUGAACUGCUAAGACAUGAACGUAUUAAAGGGUGUUGU